AUGGCUUCAGAUCUCAUCUUCAACAAACUCUGGUGGAAGGGUCCAGGAUGGCUGCAGCAGGAAAAAGAGCAGUGGCCUGUUAACGGACAACACUGCGGACCUACCGAUCAAAGCAAUGCGGAACGACGGAAGACUGCUGCAAUCUCCACUACUGCCACUACCACACUCUCGUUCAUCGACGAAUAUACAGCAAAAUUCUCUAGCUACUCAAAGAUGAUACGAAUCACUGCCUAUUGGCAUCGCUUUUUUUCGUUUCUGCGAAUACCAACGAAAAUUCGCAAAUUUACCUUCCUUACGACCGAUGAACUCAAGACUGCCGAACAUGCGCUCAUCCGAUUAUUACAGCAACAAUGCUUCUCCGACGAAUGGAAACGGUUGGAAAAUGGACAGCCAGUUCUGAAAAGCUCUCGACUAAAAUGGUUUCACCCAAUGCUCUCACCCAACGACAGAAUCAUCCGGAUCGGCGGUCGCUUGGGACAGUCGACACGACAUGAAGACUUCAAGCACCCAAUCCUGCUGCCAGGCUCUCAUUAUCUGUCAACACUGCUACUAUUGUCAUAUCACCAGAAACUUCUGCAUGCUGCCGCGCAGCUGAUGAUCAACACAAUUCGUAUUCGUUACUGGCUCUUGGGCGGAAGAGGGGCGGCUAAGCAGAUCGUACACAAAUGCGUCAUCUGCGUACGCGCUCGACCGAAGCUUAUCGAGCAGUUUAUGUCCGAGCUCCCGGCUGCUCGUGUAACUGCGUCUCGACCUUUCUCAAAGGUUGGCAUAGACUUUUGGGGACCAAUCUACAUUCAACCACGGCAUAGACGCGAUGCACCCAUCAAAACAUACGUUGCCGUAUUCGUCUGUUUUACGACGAAGGCGGUACACCUCGAAAUGGUUGCAAACUUGACUACCGCAAAAUUUCUACAAGCCUUCCGACGAUUUGUAUCCCGGCGUGGUCUAUGCUCUGACGUCUACACAGACAACGGGAAAAAUUUUGUGGGCGCAGCCGGCGAGCUAAAAAACCUUUUGCAAAGCGCAGAGCACAAAGGUCAGGUAGCUCGAGAGUGCACGGAAAACGGCAUCCGUUGGCACUUUAACCCUCCCAAAGGCUCUCAUUUUGGCGGACUGUGGGAGGCGGCAAUAAAAUCGGCGCAGAAGCAUUUCACUCGGGUACUAGGCCCUCGAGUACUGGCGUACGACGACAUGGAGACUCUCCUAGCGCAGAUCGAAUGCUGCUUAAAUUCCCGUCCGCUUACACCUCUAAGCGACGACCCAUCCGAUCUUGCUCCACUUACCCCGGGGCAUUUCCUUGUGGGUUCGGAAUUAAAGGCAGUUCCAGAUGUCAAUCUCGACUCAGUUCAGUACAAUCGGUUGACUCAAUGGCAGCAGACACAGAAAAUGUUCCAGGAAAUAUGGAAUCGAUGGCACCUGGAAUAUUUGGCUACGUUGCAACCCAGAGCCAAGUGGUGCAACCCACCGGUACACAUCGAAAAGAACCGACUUGUGAUCAUAAAAGAGGAGAAUAUUUCACCGAUGCGAUGGCCAACCGGCCGAAUUAAUGAAUUGCACCCCGGCAAGGACGGCGUUGUCCGGGUUGUGACGCUACAGCUCGCGGGUUCAUCAUUCGUCCAAUUGCGAAGCUGUGUCUUCUUCCUGUCUUCUCAUCCAACGAAGAAAACGUCAACGACGGCGAAACUGUCAACAACGAUAAGCUGA